CGCGCGGGCCAUAGCCUAGUGGGAGCCGGCGGCCGCUGAGGUCUUGCCACCUUGCUGACAUUCCCUUGGCUAAGUCGUGGUGGAUCUUUCAGCGAUGCGUCUGUUGGAAACAACAAAUGUCUGAAAUGUUCUUACUUGACUGUUGGGUACCUUAGUACUUUUCAAGUUGAGAGGGGUUCUAAAACCUGAAGCCUGGUGUUCUCUGAACUAGGUUGAUCAGACCUGGAAAUUGAUUCUUGCCAGCUUGGUGAAUGCUUAUUCACUCAUUGAGGUAAAUAGUUGAUUCCUCCCCAGAGAUUGCCUUUUUUUUUUUCUUUAAAUUUUCUUACAUAGAGAGUGCAUGGAAUAGAGUCUACUUAGCCACAUGGUGCCUGGAUUUGUUUGUAUACACUCAUUUUGGAUUAAAAAAAUCACUAUAUAAAACCAUUUUAUCUUGGGGGAAAAUAGAUUUUAUUAUUAAUUAAGUUUUCAUUACUGGUUUCGUUUUUUAAGAAAUACCCUAAUUGUUUUUGUUUUACUUUAUCUUCAUCAAACCUUGUAGCUGCUACUACCUUUUGGUUUACUGGCUUCCAGAUACCAUAUCCUGUUUAAUCUGUAUUUUUAAAAAAUCAUUUGCCUUAUUUGGGGUCUAAUACUUAUUUUCUUCCCCCCUAGGAAGAAUCACAGUAGAUUCUAAAAAUAUUUCCCCCCUUCUCUAUGGACUUAUGUAAAAAUUGGUUUUGUUUCUACUUGGAUUUAUUUUUUAUAAAUAGAGCACCAUAAAGCCAUAUCAAAUACAUAAAACUAGGGUAGUAGACCAUGAGUUCUGGGAAUGAGUUUGUGGAGACAUUAAAAAAAAUUGCUUAUCCCAAAGCUGAUAUUCUUAAUGGAGAAGAUUUUGACUGGCUAUUUGAAAAUGCUGAAGAUGAAUCAUUUUUGAAAUGGUUUUGUGGGAAUGUGAAUGAACAUAAUGUAUUGUCUGAAAAAGAAUUGGAAGCUUUUACCAUUCUUCAAAAAUCGGGCAAACCCAUCCUAGAAGGGUCAGCAUUGGAUGAAGUUCUUAAAACCUGCAAAACUUCUGAUUUGAAGACACCUAAACUGGAUGACAAAGAGCUAGAGAAAUUAGAGGAUGAGGUUCAAACUCUUCAGAGAUUAAAAAACUUAAAAAUUCAGCGACGUAAUAAAUACCAGUUGAUGGCUUCAGUAAGUAGCCACAAAUCUCUGAGAUUGAAUGCUAAAAAAGAAGAAUCCACUAAAAAGCUGAAGCAAAGUCAAGGAAUUCUAAGUUCUGUGAAUACUAAGCUCAGUAAUGAACUUCAGGCUCUUACUGAUGGAGUUACUAAAUUGAUGAUGUUCUUUAGACAUUCUAAUUUAGGUCAAGGAACAAAUCCAAUGGUGUUUUUAUCUCAGUUUUCCUUGGAAAAAUAUCUAAGCCAAGAAGAGCAAAGCACAGCAGCAUUAACCUUGUAUACCAAAAAGCAGUUCUUUCAGGGUAUACAUGAAGUAGUUGAAAGUUCAAAUGAGGAAAAUUUUCAACUAUUAGAUAUACACACUCCAUCUAUUUGUGAUAAUCAAGAAAUUCUUGAGGAGAGACGACUAGAGAUGGCCAGGCUGCAGCUAGCAUAUAUCUGUGCUCAACAUCAGUUGAUUAACUUGAAAGCAAAUAAUUCGAGCAUGAAGUCGAGCAUAAAAUGGACAGAGGAGAAUCUUCAUAACCUAACCAGCAAGGCUGUUGGCAAAGAAAAUUUGGAUGCUAAAAUUUCUAGCUUGAACAGUGAGAUUCUGAAACUUGAAGAACAAAUCACUCAUAUAAAAGAUAAAACUUUGCCUGCUAUGGUAAAAGAGAAUGCCCAGUUAUUGAAUAUGCCAGUUGUAAAGGGAGAUUUUGAUCUGCAGAUUGCUAAACAAGAUUAUUACACAGCAAGACAAGAGUUAGUUUUAAACCAGUUGAUAAAACAAAAGGCAUCAUUUGAACUUGUACAGUUAUCAUAUGAACUUGAAUUAAGGAAACAUUGGGACACGUAUCGUCAACUUGAAAACCUGGUUCAAGAACUUAGUCAAAGUAACAUGAUGCUCUACCAGCGAUUAGAAAUGUUAACAGAUCCAUCAGUCUUUCAGCAGAUAAAUCCAAGGAAUACCAUUGAUACCAAGGAUUAUUCUACUCAUAGGCUUUAUCAACUUUUAGAGGGAGAAAAUAAAAAAAGAGAAUUGUUUGUAACCCAUGGAAACCUGGAGGAAGCAGCUGAGAAAUUGAAACAGGAUGUUUCUCUAGUACAAGAUCAGUUGGCAAUAACUGCUCAAGAACAUUUUUUAUUUCUGUCCAAAUUGAAUAAUAAUGUUGACGUGCUUUGUGAUGUUUUGUAUCAAGGAGGAAAUCAGCUUUUACUUAGUGAUCAGGAAUUAACAGAACAAUUUCAUCAAGUUGAAUCCCAAUUGAAUAAGCUAAAUCAUCUCCUUACUGAUAUUCUUGCUGAUGUGAAGACAAAAAGAAAAAUUUUGGCAACUAAUAAAUUGCAUCAAAUGGAAAGAGAAUUAUAUGUAUAUUUUUUAAAAGAUGGAGACUACCUGAAAGAUGUUGUGGAGAAUCUAGAAAACCAAUCAAAGAUUAAGGAUGUUAGUUUUAAAAAUUGAAAAUUACUAAAAACUGAAUCUUUACAUCUGUUUUAAUGUUUUAUGUAAUAGGAGAUUAUAUCUAAUAAACAUGAUGAUGUUUUGAAAUUUGA